AUGUUUGAUAAAACUAUUAAUGAUAUGUAUGAAAAUCAAAAUGAAUUAGAAGAGCAUUUACAUUCGAAUUUAAAUCAAAUAAAACAAUCACAUCCUAUCGAACAGUCAGUAUCGACUAGAUAUACGAAUACUAAUUCAAAUAUAAAACGUACUCUUUUACUAAGCAAACAAUUAACAUCAUAUGCAACAAAACCUCAAUCAAAAGUAACUAUUUUGGGUACAGAUCGAACUACAUUUAUAUGUGCAUUGACUAUGGCUCUAAAGCGAUAUGUCAGUGAAAUUGUUGUAUUCGAUCAAUGUUAUAAUCGACAGAUGAAAACAUGCUUUCAAGAUCUUGCUUGUGCUUUACAACUUUGUCCUAUUUCUCGUUCAGUCAAACUUAUAUAUACAUCUGAUAUUGCAUAUACAUAUCGAUCAGAUGUUAUUCUUAUCACAAAAAUGCAUAAUAAUAAUAUAAAUAUGGAUCAACAUGAGAAAACAUUUUCAUUAAAACAAAAAGCUCAACAAUUCAUUAAUAAUCUUCAUGGUAAUCCAUCCAUUAUUCAACGUCUUCUCAUGGCUAGUCCAAAUGCUGUAUUUUUGAUAGUUAGGUCUUGCGUUUCGCCAUAUGAUUACAAUUCAUUAGUUGUUAAAUCGUUAGCUGGUAAUCAUUGUCAUGCUCGACAAGUAUGUGGAUUGAGUUCAGAUAUUUACAGUCAUCGACUACGUUAUGCUAUAAGCGAAUUACUCGAUAUAUCAAGUAAAAAUAUAACUGGUUUUACAUUGGAAAAUCUUGGUAAAUCGAUAGAACCAUAUUGGCCUAGUAUUACUAUAAUUGGUCAAAGUCUAAAAUUAACUGAAAAUGAUAAUAAAGCAAUAGAAAAAAAUUUUAUUAAUCAACCGAUGAGUAAUAAUGCACCACAAAAUAAAUAUCAAUCAAUAAAAUUAAAUACAAUUCAAAAUGAUGCAACAGUGAAAAAAUCUAAGUAUUUAAUAUUAUUUGUUUUUCUGUGGAUUCAAAUUCGAAAAUAUGAGUUUUUCGCAAAUCUGAAACUUUUAGAAAAUACAUAUGUUAAAAAUUCGAUAGCUUAA